CCUACUUCCGGGUUUGUCAAACGACAAAUGGAACCGUUUUAACACGUAUUCAUUAAUUGAUUGGUAGAGCUUUUUAGAGCCAAUGCCAGUCAAACAAUUGAAUAAUGUAUCUUUCUUAGCAACAUUGCUACUGAUAGUACAAAUGUGUUUCAGCAAAAUAUAUUUUAUAAAGUUAAUUUAAUAAACCAACAAAAAUUAAUACUUAAAUUACAACACACGUUCUUAGUGUUACGUGAUAGCUUGAAUAUAUUGGUGACCUUUAGAGUUUUACAGCUCUCCUAUGAGGAAAUUAACAUGUAAAACUUGUGACAUGGCAAUACAUGUAACUGAUGUAUUUGUGUCUGAACACAUUCACAUAGGCAAUAAUAAAGAGAGAGAGAGGGAGAGAGAGAGAGAGAGAGAGAGAGAGAGAGAGAGAGAGAGAGAGAGAGAGAGAGAGAGAGAGAGAGAGAGAGAGAGUGAGAGAGUGGUUGUUGUAAGAGUAGGAGAGAGGAUAUGGACAAGAGUGAAAUAGAAGAUUGAGGAGGGGGAUAAUAUGGAGGAGAGAGGUAGAGAGAGAGAGAGAGAAAUAAGAUGCAGGACUCACACUGGAACAAAUUCUAGCAUAGCCAUUUUUCAGGUAUAUUUCCUUGAAAAUUAUUAAAACGUGAUUAAUUUAAGGAAUAUUUUAUAAACCAAAGACUAAAUGUAGUCUGUUUAUAUAAACCUUAGCAUUUGGCUAAUUUGGCAAUGAACAGGGUGAGCUCUGAAGAUGGAGGAAAGAGAGGAAGAGAGAGAAAUAAAGGAGAUAAGAUGGAGAGAGGAAUAUGUUAUUAGAGUGCAGCGUGGACCAUUAAAGGACAAUUCCUGGCAGCUGACCAAACGAUACAGUGAUUUUGACAACCUCGUUGCACAACUCAAAGGUUACGGGAUGGAACUUCCUAUACCACCAAAGAAAGUGUUCGGUAACUUUGACCGAGAGUUUGUCGCUGUGAGGCAAAAGGGUCUUCAGAAUUUGCUGCACUUGAUCAUGAGCCAGCAUUUGCUGAGUGAGAGCAUCAUAGUGAAGAGGUUCCUUGAUCCUAAAACAUAUUCAGCAAACUUUUUAGAAAUGGCAUUGCAGCACGUAUCAAUGUUGUUUCGAUCAGAACCAAACUGGGAUGUGGUGGAACCGUUUCCAGACUGUGGAUGGCGGUUACGAAAAGCUCACAUCUUGAUCAGACCUAUUGCUCAACCUAAAGUUCGUCAGAUGUUAUCUUGGUGUGACUUUGGUCCAGACAAAACCAUUCCAGAAAAGGAGCUUUCAGCGUUAAUGAAAUUUUUACCUACAAUACAGCAUCCAUUUUUGCAUCCCAUUUUAUAUGCGACAACCAAUGAAACAGGAGGAAUGGUGACGAGGUCUUUCAAUGAAAAUGGGAGUCUAAGGGAUAUUAUUUGCAAAUGCAAACCAAAAGGACACUUUAUGAAAAAAUAUUCUCUAUCCAAAGCCCCAUCAGGGUUAGAUGUGCAGUGUAUUAAGACUUAUGGGAAGCAAAUACUAGAGGCUUUGAAAUAUAUGCAAGAUAAAGGUUUUCCUUACGGACAUUUGCAUGCAGGGAAUGUGUUUGUGGAGAAGAACGUUUGUCGUCUGACCGAGCUGGAGAACUGGUUACUGGGCGUCCCAUCCUACUACCGAGUUUACGUCACCGAGUUUAAAAAGAUACAGACAACAGAACAGAUUGAUGUGUACACGUUUGGACAUCUGUUGUACGAGAUGGUGCUGGGUUACCAGCUGAACGCACCGUCCUGUGAUUCAUUCCCUCCAUCCUGUCCAGCACAGAUACGGUCUGUGCUGGAAUCGAUUCUAACAACCGAGGCCUGUAAGAAUGGACUGCCCACAGUGGGAGAUCUACUACAGCAUGCACUGUUCAGUGAUGUGACAUUUGGCCUGAUGGAUAAGCCGCAGUUCAAGGUGCCCAGCAAACUGAAGGAAUGUGUGAGGGUUGCACGAGACUCCAUGGAACUCAGGCUCAAAGAAGAACAAAAACUGAUAAGCAAAGUGAAACGUCUUUCAAAAGCUAAAGAAUUCCACAUGUCUGAGGAAGAGAAGAAGAAACGCAGAAAAUCCAGAAAGAAAGCUUUAGAAAAUGGAGAUCCAUUAGAGCCGACAUCACCGGUGUCCCCAAUGAGUCCAACUACACCGACCACACCAUCUACACCAAUGUCGCCCACGUCUCCCCUCCCAGCAUCCCCGGAAUCCACCACUACAACCUCAACCACGGCCAGUCCAGCUCCACCUCCACCUCCGGCUGCACCUCCGAUAUCAAUUCCACCCCCGCCACCACCCUCUGGAGCGGCCCCUUCAUCUGUGGCACCAGUAGAAGGACGAGGAGCCCUGCUGGGAUCCAUUGCCGGCUUCAGUAAGGGAGCGUUGAGGAAGACAACCACGGUUGAUAAAAGUGGGCCGAAAGUAUAGAGAGCUCUUUGAUGUUCUGCAGCAGGAGAGUUCAGUGAAGGGAGUUAAUUCGAUAUAUUUCACAUCUGUCAUUAAUGUUAAUGAAAUAAACUAGAAACUAUAUUUCAUGUAUUAUAUGGAUAUACGGUGAAGCUAUUACGACCAUCUGCAGAAAUUAUUAAAAUUGGUCUUAAUAGUGGGAGGUCCAAAUACCAAAUUACCAAUAUUAAUAAUGGGGUUUGGUACAUAUUGAUUCUGUAUUUUGUGAAUUUAACCCCACCCUUUUGUAGUCAUCAUUCUCUCUGAUUAAAUUAAUAGAUGACAACAUUUAUGAAAUACCAUAUCAAACGUAAAGGCUUACUUCAUUUAUGUGUGAACUGAGACACAGCGGACCAAAUUUACAAAGUCUGUUUAUGUCUUAUACGUAUGUGUGUGUAACUACAUAGAUUUACAAUGCUGAAAUACCUGCAUUUAAGAAAAACAGGUUUCAUAAGCUCGGCCCAUCAUGUUUUUGUUACUACACCUCAGAGAUUAACAACUGUCUAGACAAAUGGCAUAUCCAUUUUUUUGGGGGGUGGGGUGUGUGUGUGUCCACUGCUACAAAUACAAACACGAGACUUUCGGAUUAUGAAGGGCAGGACGUAGCCCAGUGGUAAAGCGAUCGUUCGAUGUGCUGUCGGUCUGGGAUCGAUCCCCGUUGGUAUUGAAAGAGGAAACCUGCUGUCGUCACUUCAUGGGCUACUCUUUUCGAUUAGCA